AUGUCUCCCGUCGCUGCCGUGCUUUGCGGAAAACAACCGCAGUUGACCGACUUCAUGCUCAAGAAUCUCCUUCCCAAGAUCGAGGUUGUCCAUGUCUGCAACAACGCCGACACUGCCGUCUCGGAGAUUCCGACCCUUCUGAAAGGCGACAUCAUCUCGCCCUCGUCGGGUCUGGGGGCGAAUGCACAGGGGUCCGGUCGCUCUGAUAUCUCGUUCAUCAUCAUCGGCGGGGGCUUCUCGCCAGAAGAUGUGCAAGCCAUCAAAUCAGCCGCUGAUGGCGUGAAGCCUGUGGCAUUCUUCUGUGCGGAUACCAGCAAGACACCGGCUGGCGCAGGACCACCGCCGGGGGAAAUGAUCAAGAAAAGGAUGAUGGACGCCAUCGAAAAGGAGGAGGAAGGCGAUGGAAAGUGGGCUCCUGGCGUGUACAUGUAUUGA